GCUGGUCGAAGUGGGGUGGGGUAGAAGCAGUAUGGGGUGCGGCGGAGGCUGAAGGUGUGAGGGCGUAGGCGCGAUGUCGAUGCGAAAAAGCGGCCUGCGCUUUGCCAAGCUGCGCUAGCCCGGUCCAACGAUAGCCACAAUUUGUCUCAGCCCUGCUGUCAACGCUGCUGUCUCAACCACUGCACUUCCCUCUCGCUUUCUACAUGGCCAAAGACAAACCGCCCAAGACGAAAGGCGUGCCAAACAAGCAUCUACAUUCCCGGAGCACGUUCCUGUACCAAGCAGCUACCUAUCUGACUUUGCACGCCGCAGCAUUAGACGCCAAUGAAGCCCCAGAUUCUGCACAAAGCAGCGGUACAACUGGUAGCCGCCACAGGCUAGCCUUGCAGCUGGCAUCCGAUUUGCAAAAUGUCUCGCGAAAGGGACAAGUGAGACUUUCGUCCGAGCUUAAGCGCACGAUAUGUAAAACGUGUAACACAGUACUCAUACCCGGGCGCACAGCAACGCAGACUAUUGAGAACGAGAGCAAAGGAGGCAAGAAGUCAUGGGCCGACGUUUUGGUCGUAAUGUGCACGCUUUGUGGCAGCAAGAAGCGAUUUCCUAUUGGAGCCCAGCGUCAAGAGAAGAAGUCUGAACGGCAACCUACUCAAGCGCAAAGGAGCUUAUCAGAAAAGAGCGCAGAGGAACCGACAUCAAUUGCUUCGCCGAUGCAGAUGACUACCGAUCAAGAUUCGACCCCGGGCUGAUCAGUGUGCCUGCCUUGCCUAUGGUCACUAGCAUUAAUCA